AUGAGAGAGAAAAAACUUGUAGAAAAGGGGGAAAAAACAGAGAGAAGAAGAAGAAGAAGAAGAAGAAGAAGAAGAAGAAGAAGAAGAAGAAGAAGAAGAAGAAGAAGAAGAAGAAGAAGAAGAAGAAGAAGAAGAAGAAGAAGAAGAAGAAGAAGAAGAAGAAGAAGAAGAAGAAGAAGAAGAAGAAGAAGUCAGGGGACUGGCCUAUGUGUCCCGAAGACGUAUCGUCAUUCUUCUCCUGAGGACAGCGUUUGUGUCCAGGCGAGGCAAAACGAAAGGAUGCAAAGUGCCAAGGCAAGCUUCGGAUGA